AUGGGGAAGUCGGAAAGCGCAGCGGGCAUGGAGGAGAGAGCCGGCUGGUCUGAGCUGAAACACCGGGGCUUCCUGGAGUGGGGGCUGCUGCUGCUGCUGCUGCUGCUGGUGACCAGUGCCCUGGUGGCCCUGGGCGUCCUCUACACAGACAGCAGAGGUGAGCAAGGGCCCCCUGCUGGCACCCCUAUAUGUUUUCUCCAGGAAGAGAGGACCCUUGUACAGCGCAGACCCCGAGCGGUCCAAGAGUCCGGGGAGCCGGAGGACGUGUGCACCACCCCCGGCUGCGUCAUGGCAGCUGCCCGGAUCCUCCAGAACAUGGACCCUGCCGAGGAGCCAUGUGAUGACUUCUACCAGUAUGCGUGUGGAGGCUGGCUGCAGAGCCACGUGAUCCCCGAGACCAACUCCCGGUACAGCGUCUUUGACAUCCUUCGAGACAAGCUGGAGGUCAUCCUCAAAGCGGUGCUGGAGAAUUCCACCACCAAGGACCGGCCGGCCGUGGAGAAGGCCAAGAUGCUGUACCGCUCCUGCAUGAACGAGAGUGAAAUAGAGAAGCGAGACUCUCAGCCCCUGCUGGACAUCCUGGAUGUGGUGGGAGGCUGGCCGGUGGCCAUGGACAGGUGGAACGAGACCACAGGCCCGCCGUGGGAGCUGGAGCGGCAGGUGGCUCUGAUGAACACGCGGUUCAACCGGCGCGUCCUCAUCGACCUCUUCGUCUGGAACGAUGACCAGGACUCCAGCCGGCACAUCAUCUACAUAGACCAGCCCACCUUGGGCAUGCCAUCCCGGGACUACUAUCUAAACGAAGACAGGGGCCAGAAGGUACAGAGAGCUUACCUGCAGUUCAUGACAUCAGUGGCCACCAUGCUGCGUGAGGACAGGAACCUCCCCAGGAACAGCCACCAGGUGCGGGAGGACAUGGUGGAGGUGCUGGAGCUGGAGAAGCAUCUGGCCAAGGCCACCGUACCCCAGGAGGAGAGACACGAUGUCACCACCCUGUACCACAGGAUGGACCUGGAGGAGCUCCAGAACAAGUUUGGCCUGAAGGGAUUUAACUGGACUCUCUUCAUACAAACUGUGCUGUCCUCUGUCAAAAUCGAGCUGCUGCCAAAUGAGCAAGUGGUGGUCUACGGCAUCCCCUACCUACAGAAUCUCGAAGACAUCAUAGAUGUCUACUCGCCCAGGACCAUGCAGAACUACCUGGUCUGGCGCCUGGUGCUGGAUCGCAUCAGCAGCCUGAGCCAGCGUUUCAAGGAUGCACGAGUGAACUAUCGCAAGGUGCUGUACGGCACGACAGUGGAGCAGGUGCGCUGGCGGGAGUGCGUCAGCUACGUCAACAGCAACAUGGAGAGUGCCGCAGGCUCCCUCUACGUCCAGGAGGCCUUCCCCAGGGACAGCAAGAACGUGGUGAGAGAACUCAUUGACAAGGUGCGGGCAGUGUUCGUGGAGGCCCUGGACGAGCUGGGCUGGAUGGACGAGGCAUCCAAGAAGAAGGCCCAGGAGAAGAGACAGGACCCAGAGGUGCUCGCCCAAGGCUGGCACACAGGAGGUGUGCCCAUUCAUACCUUACCCUUUGCCCUGCUCCGGGCAGUGUUCCCUGCCGGCAUCCUCCAGCCCCCCUUCUUCAGCAAGGAGCAGCCACAGGCCUUGAACUUCGGGGGCAUUGGGAUGGUGAUAGGGCACGAGAUCACGCACGGCUUCGAUGACAGUGGCCGGAACUUUGACAAGAAUGGCAACAUGCUGGACUGGUGGAGUAACUUCUCCGCGCAGCACUUCCAGGAGCAGUCGCAGUGCAUGAUCUACCAGUAUGGCAACUACUCCUGGGACCUGGCAGACAACCAAAAUGUGAACGGAUUCAGCACCCUCGGGGAAAACAUUGCUGACAACGGAGGGGUGCGGCAGGCCUACGAGGCUUACCUGAAGUGGGUGAGGGAAGGUGGCAAGGACCAGCAGCUGCCCGGGCUGCAGAUGACCCACGACCAGCUUUUCUUCAUCAACUAUGCCCAGGUGUGGUGCGGGUCCUACCGGCCCGAGUUCGCUGUCCAGUCCAUCAAGACCGACGUUCACAGCCCGCUGAAGUACAGGGUGCUGGGCUCGCUGCAGAACCUGGCCGCCUUCGCGGACGCCUUCCAC